AUGAGCCAAGAUAAUGGUGCAGAUCCUGACGAAGAACCCGAAGAAGAUUUCGUCGAUGCACUUGACGACCUCGAGACGCUUCCAUGCAAUUGCUCAUACGUCUUUGUUUGCAUUCUGCUGCCACUCCUGAAUGGCACAAUCAACGGCUUCCUUUGGCCAGGCUACAGUCUACAUUUUGCCGAAAACGAAUGGUCACUUGUGACGGGCGGUCUGGCGAUCGCUUCUGGCUGUCUGUUGCGCGCGGGAACUCAGCAGCUUCAACUGCGAGGAGGUUACUGGUUGAUUGUGCCAAUGGCAGUGAUCCAUUUAGUUUUUGCGGUCCUUGCUUUGAUCUACCAAACCAGCCUAUGGGCCAUCUUCGCGCAAAUUGUGGUGUUGAUGUGCCUUGACCCCACUGCUGCUAUCGAAGGGAUUGCGUUCGAUACCUUUGGUGCCUCGGAAUCCCAGGCUCGACAGGCCACUUCCACUUUGUUGUCCGUUUCCACCAUUGCAUUAGCAAGUGGUUGCACCAUAGGAGGCAUUCUGUACGACCUGGGCGGCUGGACAGGGGUGUGCACCUACCACUGCAUUUCCCAAGGGCUCCUGCUUCUUGUGCUCUGCAUGCAGCCACCCAUUCGAAAGUCCUUCGUGGAAUUUGUCUCAAGUCGCUCAGAAGCUGGGGAAGUAACACCAAUUGUGGGAUCUGGUGAAGGCCGUGACGCCAAGAAAGUGUCCUUGGCAGUCGUGCCUGAGGUGCCAUUGGGUCCACCAAGGCAGAUAGAAUUGCCUGGUGCUGUGGCUUCGGAAGAGCUGGUGGUUAAGGAGGUGUCAGGGACUGAGGCAGAAAGUCACAGAAGUUCUGAACAGAGGGGAAGCACCAAGAGCGAGGAGCCACAUGGUUCAACGCAGUUCGUCCAGGGGCACAGUCAGAUGCCGUGCGAGGCAGCCGCGCCACUGGAGGCAGUCGCAACACCCGAGGCAGUCGCAACACCCGAGGCAGUCGCAACACCCGAGGCAGCUGUGACUCUACAGGGACGCAAGCAACGGAGCGCAGCGCUGGAACUGUGCAGCUCCUUGCAGCCGCGAAUCGUGGGAGCCACUGGAGACAAAACGAAGGUACGUGUGGAGUUCGAGGACCUUGAUGGCGACGGCGCGGGAAAAACCCAGGCUAAAACUGGCAUUCCGAGCGAUAUCAGGUUGCCGUGCUUCUUGAUCGUGCUGUGCUCGUUCUGCAACAAUUGCAGUUAUGGGGUCGAAUUCAGCACCUUUGCGAUCUAUUUCAAGGAGGCACACAACUGGAAUGAGGCAACUUUGGCGGGUGUGGCCCAGACUGCUGGAGACCUCACUGCCGCGAUUAUGAUGCAGGUGAUCCCAGUCUUUGUCUCGAACGACUAUGAUCCAGACGAGUUAGAUUGUUUUCGAAGGUUUUUGCACCACCUCACGUCUCAGCCCUACAACCUCUCAUUCGUUCUGUUCACUUGGGUGCUCUUCAAUGGUGGGAUGGUCAGUCCCAUCUUGCCCGUGGCAAUCACUGCCCAAAUCCUUAUGGGGACAACCUAUGUCUACACUUCAAAGUGGACAAUGGACAUGAACUUGCUGCUUGGCUAUGGUCCAAAGUCUCCAGCAUGA